GUUCACAGUCACCUGCCCAACGCAGUUCUGGUACCAUCUCCUGCAAUCGCGUCAGUGCCUUUCUUUUGGUGUCCUAAUGGAUUACACUCUCUGAUAUCGCCAAAAAACCCUUUUAUAAGGGAUAUGUUAUCCGCUUCGCGUCAAUUUCCGGCUAAGCCAUGGUUAUCGUCACUCGGGGAGACUACAUAUGGAUUGAACCUAUUUCAGGAAGAGAGUUUGAUGUUGCAAUUGGUGCCCGAGUAAUAUCUGCUGAAGGAAAACGCAUUCUAAUAAAAGACGAUGAUGGCAAGGAGGUGUGGCUCACACCGGAGAGGAAGAUUAAGGCAAUGCAUGCCACAUCGGUUCAAGGAGUGGAGGACAUGAUAUCCCUGGGAGACCUGCACGAGGCUGGAAUACUGCGAAAUCUCUUAAUAAGAUACAAUGAAAAUCUCAUUUAUACAUACACUGGCUCAAUAUUAGUGGCUGUUAAUCCUUACCAAAUAUUACCAAUUUAUACUGCUGAACAAAUUAAGCUUUAUAAGGAUAAGAAAAUAGGCGAACUUCCCCCUCAUAUCUUUGCCAUUGGUGAUAACUGUUACACUCACAUGAAAAGAUUUGGCCAAGAUCAGUGUAUAGUCAUUAGCGGGGAGAGUGGUGCAGGGAAAACGGAAAGCACUAAGUUAAUAUUACAAUAUUUGGCAGCGAUCAGUGGAAAACAUUCAUGGAUUGAGCAGCAGAUAUUAGAGGCAAAUCCAAUAUUGGAAGCAUUUGGAAAUGCCAAAACAAUUAGAAAUGAUAACUCCUCAAGAUUUGGAAAGUACAUAGACAUACAUUUCAAUGCGUCAGGAGUUAUUGAAGGUGCAAAAAUCGAACAAUAUCUGUUAGAAAAAUCUAGGAUAGUAUCACAAUCACGGGAUGAAAGGAAUUAUCACAUUUUCUACUGUAUGCUCGCUGGACUUGCAAAAGAAGACAAGAACAAAUUAGAGUUAGGAGAUGCAUCACACUAUAAGUACCUUAUAGGAGGAGGAGGGAUAACAUGUGAAGGCAGAGACGAUGCUGCUGAAUUUGCGGAUAUUCGAUCUGCAAUGAAAGUAUUAUUGUUUUCAGACCAAGAAAUAUGGGAAAUACUAACGUUAUUAGCUGCUUUACUGCACACAGGAAACAUUAAUUACAAAGCAGCUAUAAUAGACAAUUUAGAUGCCACUGAAAUUCCUGACCAUUCGAUCGUUUCCAGAGUAGCAGGUCUUCUUGGUGUUCCCAAACAACCUUUAAUUGAUGCUUUGACAAGAAAAACAUUAUUUGCUCAUGGAGAGACAGUGGUUUCGACACUUUCUAGAGAUCAGUCAGUGGAUGUGAGGGACGCAUUUGUAAAAGGGAUAUAUGGAAGACUUUUUGUGUACAUAGUAAAUAAAAUAAAUAACGCUAUUUAUAAACCAAAGUCAGCUGCCAGAAAUUGUAUAGGUGUUUUGGACAUUUUUGGCUUUGAGAAUUUCGACACCAAUAGUUUCGAACAAUUUUGUAUCAAUUUUGCAAACGAGAACCUCCAGCAAUUUUUUGUUCAGCACAUAUUUAAACUGGAACAAGAAGAAUACAAUUUAGAAAAUAUAAACUGGCAGCAUUUAGAAUUUGUGGACAACCAGGACGCUUUAGAUUUGAUCGCAAUAAAACAAUUAAAUAUUAUGGCUCUAAUUGACGAAGAAUCAAAAUUUCCAAAAGGCACGGACCAAACUAUGCUUGCAAAGCUUCACAAAACUCACGGGUCUCAUAGAAAUUAUUUAAAACCUAAAUCAGAUAUAAAUACUUCAUUUGGGUUAAAUCAUUUUGCUGGGAUUGUAUUCUAUGACACAAGAGGAUUUUUGGAAAAAAACAGGGAUACGUUCAACGCAGACCUUUUGCAACUCAUACACAUAUCCAACAACAAAUUUUUAAGAUUGCUAUUUGCAGAAGACAUUGGAAUGGGUGCAGAAACGAGAAAAAGGGCGCCAACUCUUUCUACUCAAUUUAAAAAAUCUCUUGACUGUCUUAUGAAAACAUUAAGCAACUGUCAACCUUUUUUCAUAAGAUGUAUAAAGCCAAAUGAGAUAAAAAAGCCGAUGAUGUUUGAUCGAGGCUUAUGCGUUAGACAACUGAGAUAUUCAGGUAUGAUGGAAACAAUUAGAAUCAGGCGAGCAGGCUAUCCCAUUAGACACUCUUUUAAAGAUUUUGUCGAGAGAUAUCGUUUUCUCAUACCAGGGGUUCCUCCAGCUCAUAAGACUGAGUGCCGUUCGGCUACAGGAAGGAUCUGCCAAGCUGUAUUAGGAAAAUCUGACUAUCAACUCGGGAGCACAAAAGUCUUUUUAAAAGAUGCACAUGAUUUGUAUUUAGAACAAGAACGAGAUAGAGUUCUAACAAGAAAUAUUGUGGUACUGCAAAAAUCAAUCAGAGGAUGGGUUUAUAGAAGAAGGUAUCAAAGAAUGAAAGCUGCAGCAAUGGUUAUUCAGAAGUACUGGCAGGGCUGGGCUCAACGUAGACGAUAUCUCCGGAUGCGUGUUGGCUACAUGAGACUUCAAGCAUUGAUAAGAUCGAGGGUUCUGUCCCACAGAUUCCGUCACCUCAGAGGGCAUAUUGUCGCUUUGCAAGCAAGAGCCAGGGGUAAAUUAGUGAGGGAAAUGUUUGCCAAAAAAAUGUGGGCAAUUGUCAAAAUUCAGUCUCACGUACGAAGGAUAAUAGCCCAAAGAAGAUAUGCAAAAAUCAAACUUGAGUAUCGUCAGCACUUUGAGGCGCUUAAGAUGAAAAAAAUUGAAGAGAAAGAACUCAAAGAUGCAGGAAACAAAAGAGCAAAGGAAAUUGCCGAGCGACAUUACAGGGACCGAAUGGAAGAAUUGGAGAGGCGUGAACAUGAACAGGAAAUUGAGGAAAGGAGGAGAAUGGAAAUAAAAAAGAACAUUAUAAUAGAUGCUGCCAAAAAACAGGAUGAGCCUGUAGAUGAUAGUAAACUUGUUGAAGCUAUGUUUGACUUUUUGCCAGAUUCCAGCAGUGAAGCUCCCCUUCCAGCUAGAGAGACUUCUGUCUUUAAAGAUUUACCUACAGCAAAAGCUGAUCAACAAGAAGUCAUCAAUCAGAUCCAAAUGGCAACCGAAGAUGAAGAAGACCUGUCAGAAUUUAAGUUUCAAAAGUUUGCAGCAACGUAUUUCCAAGGGAAUGUUACUCAUCAAUACUCUAGAAAGCCGUUGAAACAUCCGUUACUCCCACUUCACACACAAGGAGACCAAUUGGCUGCACAAGCACUUUGGAUAACAAUUUUAAGAUUUACUGGAGAUCUGCCAGAACCGAGAUACCACACAAUGGAUAGGGACAAUGUAUCUGUAAUGUCAAAAGUGACAGCAACACUUGGUAGAAACUUCAUACGCAGUAAGGAGUUUCAAGAAGCUCAACUCAUGGGAAUGGACCCGGAUACAAUUCUGAAACAGAAACCUCGCUCAAUAAGGCACAAAUUGGUGUCACUGACUUUGAAGAGAAAAAACAAACUUGGAGAAGAUGUACGCAGAAGACUGCAAGAUGAAGAAUACACAGCAGACAGUUAUCAGUCUUGGCUUGAAGCAAGGCCGACUUCAAAUCUAGAAAAACUUCAUUUCAUCAUUGGACACGGAAUUCUGAGAGCAGAACUAAGGGAUGAAAUUUACUGUCAAAUAUGUAAACAGUUGACAAACAAUCCUUCAAAAUCAUCACACGCUCGCGGUUGGAUUCUGCUCUCGCUUUGUGUUGGUUGUUUUGCACCUUCUGAAAAAUUUGUAAGCUAUCUAAGAGCAUUUAUAAGAGAAGGACCACCUGGUUACGCUCCGUAUUGUGAAGACAGGUUGAAGAGAACAUUCAACAACGGCACUCGCAAUCAACCUCCAAGUUGGCUUGAACUUCAGGCUACAAAGUCAAAGAAACCGAUAAUGUUGCCUAUCACAUUUAUGGAUGGAAACACUAAAACACUUUUAGCAGAUUCGGCAACAACAGCCCGAGAACUGUGCAAUCAACUAUCUGACAAAAUAGCUCUAAAGGAUCAGUUUGGAUUUUCUUUAUACAUAGCUCUCUUUGAUAAAGUUUCAUCUCUUGGAAGUGGAGGGGACCAUGUCAUGGAUGCGAUAUCACAAUGUGAACAAUAUGCAAAAGAACAAGGCGCUCAGGAAAGGAACGCACCCUGGAGAUUAUUCUUCAGAAAGGAAAUAUUUGCUCCUUGGCACGAUCCAACUGAAGAUCAGGUUGCGACAAAUCUCAUUUAUCAACAAGUUGUCAGAGGUGUAAAAUUUGGCGAAUAUAGGUGUGACAAGGAAGAAGAUCUGGCUAUGAUUGCAGCUCAACAAUACUACAUUGAAUAUUCGUCAGACAUGAACAUGGAACGGCUAUUGGGGUUACUGCCAAGCUAUAUUCCAGAUUAUUGCCUAACAAAUGGCGAUAAAUCUAUCGAUCGUUGGGCUAGUUUGAUAUUGCAAGCUUUUAAAAAGAGCUAUUAUGUCAAAGAUCUGGUUUUAACUUUAAGAGUUAAAGAAGAUAUUGUAAGCUAUGCUAAGUUUAAAUGGCCAUUGCUUUUUUCAAGAUUUUAUGAAGCUUACAGAAAUUCAGGUCCAAACUUACCCAAGAACGAUGUUAUAAUAGCAGUCAACUGGACUGGUGUAUAUGUUGUUGAUGACCAAGAGCAAGUGCUGUUAGAACUCUCUUUCCCAGAAAUCACCACAGUCUCUAGUCAAAAGACGAAUAAGGUUUUCACUCAGACUUUUACUCUAUCAACUGUGAGAGGAGAAGAAUUCACGUUCCAGAGUCCGAACGCAGAAGACAUAAGGGAUCUUGUUGUUUACUUUUUGGAAGGGCUGAAAAAGAGGUCGAGUUACGUUAUAGCUCUCCAAGAUUAUAAAUCUCCUGGUGAAGGCUCUUCUUUCUUGACAUUCCAAAAAGGUGACCUUAUCACGUUGGAGGAUGAUGCGACUGGAGAAACUGUUAUGAAUUCAGGUUGGUGCGUGGGCAGAUGCGAAAGAUCGGGUUUGAAAGGAGAUUUUCCAGCUGAAGCAGUUUAUGUUCUUCCUGCCUUGAGCCAACCCCCUACGGAUAUAUUGGCUUUGUUUAAUUUAGAAGGAGCAGAGCAUGGUAGAAAAACCAACUCUCAAAGCAUAAACGGUACUGAGCAAAGGGAAAAACCACACACUUUGAUGGAAUACGCUAUUGAUCAUUUCAGACCACCACCAAAGAGAACAAUGUCAAAAACACUAACUCUCUCAGCAGCAAGAAGAGGAGGGCCUGAAGAACUUUGGCGCCAUUCCAGGGAACCACUGAAACAACCAUUGCUUAGAAAACUUGUUGGAAAGGAAGAACUGGCAGAAGAGGCUUGCUAUGCAUUUACUGCUAUAUUAAAAUACUGUGGAGAUUUACCUGCUAAAAGAAGACUAGGGAAUGAAUACACUGAUCAUAUUUUUGAUGGCCCUUUGAAACAUGAAAUUUUACGAGAUGAAAUCUACUGUCAGUUAAUGAGACAGCUUACUGAUAAUAGAAAUAGGCUGAGUGAGGAAAGAGGAUGGGAGCUGAUGUGGCUGGCAACAGGGCUUUUUGCAUGCAGUCAAGCGCUUUUUAAGGAGCUGAACACAUUCUUAAGAACAAGGAGACACCCAAUAGCCCAAGACUCAUUGCAAAGGCUUCAAAAAACAUUGAAAAAUGGCCAAAGGAAAUAUCCACCACAUCAAGUUGAAGUCGAAGCGAUUCAACACAAAACCACACAGAUAUUCCAUAAGGUCUAUUUCCCAGAUGAUACGGAUGAGGCUUUUGAGGUCGAUUCAUCAACAAGGGCGAAAGAUUUUUGUGCCAACAUCGCUCAGAGAUUAAACCUUCGGUCUUGUGAAGGUUUUAGCCUUUUUGUUAAAAUUGCAGAUAAAGUUAUUUCUGUACCUGAGGCAGAUUUUUUCUUUGAUUUCGUCCGUCACCUUACAGACUGGAUCAAAAAAGCGAGGCCUUCAAGGGAUGGUGCUACUCCGCAAUUUACAUAUCAAGUAUUUUUUAUGAAGAAAUUAUGGACGAAUACAGUACCUGGAAAGGACAGAAAUGCUGAUUUAAUAUUUCAUUUCCACCAGGAGCUUCCGAAACUUCUUAGAGGGUAUCAUAAGUGUACUAAAGAAGAAGCAGCAAAAUUAGCAGCAUUGGUGUACAGAGUACGAUUUGGUGAAAACAAACAGGAACUGCAGACCAUUCCGCAAAGGAUUAGGGAUUUAAUCCCAGGGGAUCUUAUUAAGUUACAAUCCACGGCUGAUUGGAAGAGAUUGAUUAUUGCAUCAUACAAUCAAGAUGCUGGAAUGAACCCAGAAGACGCAAAAAUAACAUUCUUGAAAAUAAUCUAUCGGUGGCCAACAUUCGGUUCAGCGUUUUUUGAAGUUAAGCAAACAACAGAGCCCAAUUAUCCAGAAUUGUUACUUAUUGCUAUAAAUAAGCACGGAGUGAGUCUGAUACACCCACAAUCAAAGGACAUCCUCGUUACCCAUCCUUUUACAAGAAUAUCAAACUGGUCAUCUGGCAACACAUACUUCCAUAUGACAAUUGGAAAUCUUGUGAGAGGAUCCAAACUCUUGUGUGAAACCUCGUUAGGAUACAAAAUGGAUGAUCUGUUAACUUCGUAUAUUUCUCUAAUGCUGAGCAAUAUGAAUAAACAACGUAGUCUUAGAGUCAAAUAAAAGUUAUAUACUGGAAAUAAUUCAUUGCUCAGUAAGAAUAUUAGAUAGCAUUUUGUUUUUCAACUUAAUUUUUUUUUUCUUUAAGCAAAUUAACAAUUUUUAUACAAUACUAUCUACUUACUUAUUAAAAAGGUUGAUUUAAAUCGCCAUACAGUAUUGUAUUAUUGAUGGGUCAAAUUAUUAUAAAACGGUGAAAAUAUAUAUAGCUGACUGAUAUAAUUGUAUUAUAAAUGCAAAUACUGAUUAGGAUUAAGAUGAAAUAUCGACAUUGUAAAUGUAUAAUUUAUAUAAUUAUUAUUUCAAUAAUUUAUGAACCUGUCCACAACAAUCACAAGCCGUAAUAUUGUUUCAAAGUUACAUUAAUAAUCAAAUAAUCAGUUUUCUAAAAAUGUGUAAAUAACUUUUAAUUACUGUAUAGUAAUUGUACGUGAAUGAUAAAAUUGUUAUUUUUUU